AUGCUGCCUGAACUAGCGCUCUACGAGUCGCCUGUCGCAAGCUACGGCUUUCAGACAUCUGAACCGCUCGCAAUGACAAAGUCGACUGCCUCACGCAUGUCGACGAUCUCUCUGUCUUACUAUCUAGGCGACUACCACGAGCCGGCGCUCCUUGAAGAGGACAGCCCUCCGCUGGACGAACAUACAAGUCUCACCGGACGGCCGGCUCAGUAUUCGACUCCGUACACACCGCGAGAGCGCUCCGACAGCUCAGAUGAUGACUCGCCCGUGCUCGAUCACAAAUCGUCUCGUUUGAGCGACUCGCUCGCGAGCGUCCGGAGUUCUCGCAGUCUGAUGGAGCAUGCCGCCAUCAAGUCGAGAUCAGUUGCAGAGACGCAUCUUGCAGCUGGCAGCAGUAGCCGCAGGAUUGAUGUCAAUGGUCGCAUCUCUUCCGCAUGGUCAGUCUCAACGACUUCUACUGCCAAUCCGUAUCUCCUGCGAUCGCCUACUUCGGCCGAGUCUAGGAUGCCGAGAUUGGUCAGCAGCGCGAGCUCGACGUCUGUAAGCAGCUCAGACGGCCCUGUCACGCCUGAACGCACCCAGCCCCCAAUGCUAUCCCAAGACUGCCUGACUCCCGUACUAGAAAAGGAAUCUGCCGACUUUCUACCGUCUCGGCGCGCGCCCUUGCCUCCCUCGCGCAACCGUACGCCUGUGCCAGCAGAUGGCAGCCCGCAAAGCCUGUCCCUGUUUGGUACGCGAUCUGUAGAAGCAUCGAUGAUGAGCAAGACCGCUUCUCGGUCAAAGACUUCAAUUGGGGCAUCGAUGAUGCGAUCGUUCAGCAAGGAUAAAAAGACUGCCAUGGUCAUCUCGAAGCCGAUACAACCUGUCGGUCGCGUGCCUGCUCCGCCCUUGCCUACUGAUGCAGCAACCAAGAUCCGCAAAGCGUCCAAUAGCGAGUCUGAAAGGCUGAUGCCCCUCGAUCCCGCACUCAAAGCAAGAUGGUAUUCUAGGCGCGGCUCAGACCGUCGUUCAAGCAUCGGUUCUAGUCGGAGACCGAGCACUGAUGACGUGCGACGUGGUAGCGAGAGUUCACGGCGACCGAGCGGCUCUCUCGAGCUGGCAUUACGCAGACUCAGCGGAUCUCUCGAGUCUUCACGUCGUCCCAGCGGGCAAGCCGACGGCUCAAGCCGGCGGCCUAGUGCUACACACAGUGACAGUCGACGUCCCAGUCAAAGCUCGCCCAUACCAGGACCUAUGUCUCGAAGGCGCAGCGAUACCGAAAGGUCGCCCUUCAACCCACUUCGCACGAUGGCAAAAGCACUCGCCGCGAAUGGGUCACCGAAGGUCUCAUCGCCCGCUUUUGCACCGCCAGUACAAUCCGUCUCGGUCGGUGUGCAACCAGUCAGACCUUUAGCAGUCAAGACGAGGUCGAAUCAGUCGUUGCGUAAGCCGCCCCCUCAGGCUUCGCCUCCGCUGCUUUCGUCAACGAAAAAGCAGUCGAGUCCAUCACUACCAGCAAAAAGCUCGCCUGAGGCUAAGUCUGGCAAGAAGCCUAGCAGAUCUAAGGACGAGCAGCGCUCUGGCGAAGACUCGCCGAGAGCAAAGCCUCGCGCGGUCCCAACUUCGACGCCGUCGAGAACGUCGGCGGUAUCUGCAUCUAAGACACCUAAGCAUGCUCCAUCACAACACAAGACGACACUUGCACCAACACGUCCAAAGGGUCCGGCAGCGUCCAGCGAUCGGCCACUAGUCAGCGGGGCGCCCGCUUUUGUGUCUCCCAAACCGAAUGUCAGCAAGUCAAACAACAGCAGGCCAAUCAUCAGCGAAUGGUCCGCGCCCGCUCCACUAAAGCCUUCUGUUGCGUAUACCGACAGCCCUCAAUUGGUUUUGGAAGAUUACGACAGCGGUAGAAUCGAUGUUGAGCUUUCGAACUGGCGAGAGCGGAAAGCGCGCAAGCAUCUAUCAGCUAGUGAACGCGUGGAGACCAUCGGUCAUCAAGCGCGCUCGAAGGUGCCAGACUAUGCUCCGGCCAUGCCGUCGCCUCCAGCCAAAGCCCAGCCAGCUUCGCCCGCCACCCGCAUACAGCCGGCUACGCAGCCAGACUGGUUUUCUCUGCCAUCAGGCACCUUCAGAAAUCCUUUCAGUCCUGCUAGCGACGAACCAGCUCGCAAGAAGGACAACCGCGUCUCGAUUGCGCCUUCUAUGAGCAUCGCAGAUGACGACGACGACGACGACGAGGCCGAUCUCGGCCCCUUCAGUCAAGAUGACCGUCGAAGCUCGCUCGGACUGCAUUCACGAUGUGGCAGCAGUAUUUACCAGUCUUCGGAAGUCGGCCAGAUCUACAUCGCUAACACAGUCGAAGAUCGUCGACCAUCUUGCGGCGCGUUUCUGCUUGCAUCACCAAGCCUGUCGCCGGCUCUGAACAGCAAGCAUGUCCAAAGUGUAUUGCGCAAAUCUCCCAUGCUGUCACCGCCUGUGGCAGCGACUGCACGUCGCGGCACGCUGGGUGGCGAUCUGAUAUGGCAAGGCGAAGCGAUGCCCAUUCCAACGCCAACGUCCACUGCGGCUCGCAAAGAGUUCAUAACGUUUGCCGAUCCCUUCGCGAGCUCGGCAUACAACAGCGACCGGCGUCCCACUGCAGUGAAGCUGUUUCCGCAAACGCCAAAGGGUAGCUUCGAUGCCAAUCAACAUGGUCUCAUGCGUGACUGGUCCGCUAUGCGCGUUUCGCUUGACGUCAAUAUGGCUUGA